AUAAGAGAGGAGCUUCUUCUGGAACUGAAGAAGAAGGCACCACCCCUCUUCUGAGGCAAUCGUACCCAUCCCUUUCUCAUUCCACUACCCCAGGUGGUGAUGAUCUGAUAAGAUGUGGUAGUUCGAAGCACUUUGCUGAGAAAAGAACGCUCAACCGUCAGUAACCAGAGGCCUCCUACAGAUAUAGCAGCACAGUGGUGUCUUCAGAGACACCUUGAGCUACGCAUUAUCAAACACGCUUUGAGUCUCUUUGCAGAAAAUUCAGAAUGUCUGAUUCCACUUCCAUUAUGGAGUUUAACGGGACACAUCAAGCUUUCCGAGACCGCUGGGCAAAGACGGAUAAUGAGAUGUGCAAGCACAGUAUGUCUUUCCACUUGCACAAUACUCUGAGGAAGGAGUUCUUCGCCAGCUACCUGUACCUCCUGGAGCAGAUUCCUCUGGUGAAACUCUAUGCCGUGACUUGUGAGUACAUUAAAGGGGAGAAGCAGUUUUACUACAGGUCACAGAACUUCUACAAGGAUGUCCCGGCAUCAGAGGAGGGCAUGAUGGGAGACUUUGUGGAGAUAUCAGAGAUCGACCUGGAAGGCUCAAGACAGUUCCUGAAAAAGUUUGUUGGUCCAGGAAAGGCUGGCACCAAGCGGGCACUAGACUGUGGCUGUGGAAUCGGGAGGGUGUCUAAAGGAGUUCUGUUUCCUGUGUUUGAAUCCAUGGAGAUGCUUGACAUGAUGGAAGAGUUCAUCCUCCACGCUCAUGAGGUUUACCUCGGAGAUUACGCAGACCGAGUGGAGGCCUACUACCUUUACAACCUGCAAGAAUUCACCCCACCUACAAAGAGAUACGAUGUCAUCUGGCUGCAGUGGGUUGCCUGUCAUCUUACUGAUAAGGACCUGAUGGAGUUUUUAAAGCGUGCUAAGCAGAGCCUGAGGCCCAACGGUGUGAUCUUCAUUAAGGAUAACAUGGCGCGGCAGGGGUGCAAGCUGGACCCCAUUGACAGCAGCAUCAUUCGCCACCUGGACAUCAUGAAGAACAUCAUUCAGACAGCAGGCCUCACCAUACUGGACGUGGAAAAGCAGGAAGGCUUUCCUGAGGCUAUCGUGCCUGUAUGGAUGAUCGCCAUGCGCUAAAGGAAAUCAUAUUUUAAAUGGAUAUGUUGUACAUGUACUUAUAUAUAGUAUAUAUUAUAAAAACGUACGAAUGUAUUUAUUUUUAUUCCAU